AGUAUCAUUGGCAAUGAAAACUGUCCGUGGCACUCGCUCGUAAUUUUCCAUUUAGAGCAAGGUUGCAGAAUUCUCAUAAGUAGGGCAAACAUUUAUUGAUCCCCAAUGUUAUUCAGACUCAAACUUAAUCUCAAGCCGUGUAGCCGCACAUACGAAAACCAUGCGCAGUUCUGGUUAUAUCAGUGUUAUUCUGUUGUGGUUUGCUUUGGGCACUGCUUACGAAGGAACAGUUUUCGGCCAGUUAUAUGAAGGUGGCGGCUACUACUAUACAUCCUCCCAGCUGCCUUAUCCUGGUUACCGUGGUGCCAACUAUAGGCAAACGCAAGGACAAAGGCCGCAGCAUCAUCAGCGGUCUUAUAAGGAUAUCUGCCGGUUGGUCAAUACAAAUGGAUUCACAAAUCCAGGCGGAGUGCCUAGGUGUCCGUACUAGCAUACGAGUGGAUUUAUAAAAAGGAAUUUACAUUUUCGAUUGCAAAUUGUACUAAGAUAAAUAAAGUAAGAGCAAAUAGCGCUUAACUAGGUUCCUA